AUGGAGCCGAACACGUUACUCGUAUCAGUCUUGAAUGCCCGAGGGCUGUACCUGAAGGGCCAUGCGACGAUGGACGCGCUCGUGACGGUGACGAUGCACGGGAAGGGCAGCCUGCGAAGUCGUGCCGUCACCGAGCAUCUGCAGACGGAAGGCGACUGCCGAUGGGAUGAACAUAUGGAAUUCAAAAUCAGCGACCCGGCGGCCAACCUUAUCAUCUGCGCCCAACACAAGUCGCGCAUCGGCCGCAACGACGUGAUCGGGCGGGUCGAGAUCCCGUUGGACCAGGCGCGCGGGAUUCGCGGAGAGCAUUGGUAUCCGCUUCGAAAAAAGGCCAGCGAGGACAAAUACCGUGGCGAGGUGCAACUGCGCUUCGAGUUCCGCUUUGAAAAGUCUCAGCUCUCGGUCUCCAACCAGUCGCUGAACACGAUCGGGCAUAAAGAAUCUGUGAUGGACAAGAUCAAGGGCAAGAUAAAGCUCGGAAAGCUGCGCCACAAGAACGACCCGGAUGGGAUGAGCAUCGCCAGCGGUGUUUCCGGAAUUUCCGCUUUUUCGGCGGUGAGCAAGGUUAGCAAAAGCGGCACGCUCUCCAAGCUGUUUGGCAAGAAAAACAAGAGCAAGCACGACGACGACAGCACCAGCCAUACUUCGCUGGGGGAUGAGCGACGCUCCCCUAUGCCGGGCGCUUCUCAUCUCGAGCCCCCGGGCCAGUCAAACCCGCCAGCCGCUUUCCAGCGCUCCGGAAGUCGCCGGUGGCAGCAGAGCUCUUUUGGACGGCAGCCUGCCGCCACCACCAUCACCACGCCGACCCUCGGCUCUACGCCCCGUGUGCCGGCGCUUGAGCGCAAGGCCAGCGAGGACAGCCUGGGGCGCUCGUACCGGGAUCACCGCCUCUCCAACGGCUCCACCUACAAGGAGCUCGUAUUCGACGCGCCGCCCGUUUCGCCGCCCACCAUCGGCGUGUCUUCGAUGUCGACGGCGGAGCCCUUUGUGCCACCCAGUAGCCAUCAUCACCAUCCCCGACCGCCCUCUGUCGCCAGCUCGGGCAUCGGCUCCAACCACCGCAAUCAGAACGGCUCAGACGAUGCGCACGACAAUGGACGGGACAACGACCUGCUGGCCAGGAUAGACAAGCUGGAAAUGGAGAUUCGGGUCAAGGACUCUCGUAUGCGCGAUAUGGAAGAGUACAUGGAUGGUUUGCUGGCACGCGUGAUGGAACAUUGUCCAGAGCUGCUCUCCUCCACCAGCGCCAACCCGAUGGGCCUGAAAAGCAUGAAGAACAACCGACGCUUCUACUCGACGAUCGGCUUC